AUGGAUGUACAAGCUCACAUUCCAGCUGCCCUCUGCAUUCUACAUAACUUCAUCCAUAUCCAUGAUCCAUCUGAAGACCUGCUCCUACUGACAAGUGUCAUAAACAACAACCCGAGCCAUCAAGGAUACACUGCAGCAGAUGAGUGUGGACCAUACACUCAAUCUGCAAAUGCAUGUUUUUAUCGCAUCGCAAUGCAGAUGUGGGAUGACUAUCUGGCUUUCAUAUGCAACAAUGAGUUAGAAGAUAUUCUGCACAUUUUAGAUGUUGAUCUUGAUGAGGAUCAUCUUGAUGAAGAUGAUCUUUAUGAUGGGUGCGAGUUUGUGGAGACAAAUGCAGGAUAG